CGAAACUCCACUUAGCUGACAGGUCAUCUUGGGCCCCGCAGUCUGGUCCAGAGUCAGCCUCACAGGGAGACAAAGCAGUCUUUCUGGGGGAUGUGUCAGGGCUUAGAAGAAACCCCAAACCAGACACGGGCAAAGGCCCUGACCUAUGUAAAGAAGAAAGCGUGCCCCUUUGAGUUCUCCACUGACACUGCUGAGUCUGAUGUCUCAAGGUCACGACGGGGUCAGGCGACUGAUCGCUCAUCACAUGCAGACAAAACCGAAGAUAUAUGUCUACCGAAGAUAGCGAACUGUUCCUUAAACUCUCUGCCGCUCCAGCCGAGAGCCUUCUCCCAGAAAGAGGCGAACUCUUCAUCUGAUCCGGUGGGGAAACAGCCUUCUGACCAGAAAGGCCUGAGUAAUGAAGGCCAGUCAAAGUCAACACAACAGUUUGGCAGGCAAGUCAGAGCCAAGCAAGGCCUCUGGGCUGGAACACAUGUUGCUGAGAUGCAUGAGAGGAAACUACAAAAGGAGCUGAGGAGGUUGUCAGCGCAAAGCUGGCCCAGCAGAGCCCGCCUUGCGGUGUUCAGUGACGUCUUUGAUGACGUAUGUGAAGGCUCGCCAGUAUUUGGACGCAUCCUCAGGGAAAUUAAGACAGAUUAUGAUUUGUAUGCCAACCACUUGAUGGCUUCCCAAUCAUUACGACACAAGAAGUCGCUGGGGACUUCCCUCAGAUAUCUUGGCAAUGACAAAGGAAGGCAAAUGGAGUUGAAGGAUGCUAUAAAAGAGGUUUUCCGGCUGGAGCAAGAAUUCCAGAGAGCUCAGGAGGAGAAUAAACGAGUCCGAGAUGAAUCACAUAAUGUUCCAGCUACCAAAGGCCCGGAGGACAGUGACAUGACGAACACACCUCUGUCAGGGCUGCAUGACGGAGGAACUGCCGACGGCUCCACCAGCAGUGUCCAAUCCAAGAGGCUCCAGGUGCUGAUCACAUGGCGGGAGAACCAACAGCUGGAGGAGGAGCUUAAGGAGAAGCCGGUCUCCUUUGGUACAACCACGGCCACUGAGCUGUGCAUCAAAGAUGUAAAGACUGAGAUAAUGAGACUGAUAGCUUCAAAUGACCGUCUGAAGACCACCAACAAGGCACGGCAGUUUGACCUCUGA